AUGCAUGCUGUUGCUGUCGAAACUGUUUCUAUGCAAAUACCUGGUCUUACAUAUUUUCUUCCUCUUACUUUACCUGAUGUUUCUAUGCCGACAAAAGUCCCCUUGCUUUGCUAUCCGGCUAGAGACCUCAUCUCCCGCGGCGUUUUCGCUUCCCCUUUCUUGGUUGACUCCGAUGAUUUUUCUUCUCUGGCUCUAAUUUGCAUUGUUGACGCUCCUUUAGUCAUCUACAAGGAAGACCUGGCUGCAAUUGUGAUGCCGGUGGCCCUGGAGUUCGAUCCCCUCGCUUAUGAGGACAUGGAGCCGAUUGUUCCCCCCAACCCCUCUCUUAACAAUUACCGAAAGCACUUUCUUGACCACCCAUUGCUUGCUUUCACUUCCACUAUUCAUUCGGAUAAGCCUUUUGUUACCUUUGUGUUAAAUAAUCGUUCUUUUUCAGGCAUAAUAGACACCGGAGCAGAUAUUUCAGUAAUUAGAACCUCUGAGUGGCCUGCUGACUGGCCCACCACCUCUUCCCCUGCCGUCCGAGGCGUCGGAGGCAUCCAAACGGCCCGAAUUAGCACCUUGCCUCUGUUAGUCACUUCCUCUCACACCGACAAACAGGUGUACAGGGAAUCCGAAGAACUCCAAGCUGCUCUAGCCCAGUGGCCAGGACAGGCACUCCACCUUUGUCGGCAGCGCAACGCCACUUUGCCACGCCAGAGUCACCGACAAUCAAAAAUUUGCGCCCUCCAGUGUAUUCUCGCGAGUUGCCUGAUCCUACUUGGAAAGGUCCGGCUGAUCUCAUCACCUGGGGGCGAGGCUACGCAGCAAUCCAACUGCCUGAUCGAGUACUGUGGGUGCCAGGGAAGCAAGUAAGACCCUAUCUUUGCAAAC